GUUUGUCACUGCCUAAGGAAAUUGUUAUUGCUGCCCCGCCCGCAGCACAGAGGUGGUGCUGAGGGUUCACAGUCUGCACUGGAAUGUCAGAUUUCUCAGUCACGGGGCCAGGAGGCAGAUUGAAGAUGGAAAAUCCCCAGGACAUUUUCUCAAGUAAUGGUGGCUGUCUCAGUGAUACAGUUACAGAAAAAUACCUGGUUGAAUCCAAGGAGUCUGUGUCUCAUGUUCAGCUUGCUUGUAGCAUGCAGGACUGUGCUUUCCCUUUGGAUGGGACUGAACUUUGUAUAUGGAACACGAAGAGUCCUUCUCAUCAGCUUCUAAUCUUACGAGGACACCAUCAGCCAAUUACUGCUAUGGCUUUUGGAAAUAAAGUGAACCCACUUCUAAUCUGCUCAGCAUCGCUGGAUUAUGUUAUAAUGUGGAACCUGGAUGAAUGCAGAGAGAAAGUACUUCAAGGGCUGGUCCCUCGAGGGACUGUCGUGGGCUCGCUUUUGGGAAAGGUGCUGUGUUUACAGUUGAGCCCGGAUGAUCAUGUUGUUGCCGUAUGUGCUGGAAACAAAGUAUUCACACUGGAUAUUGAGACUCAGGCUGUCCGGGCCGAGCUGCAGGGCCACCUGGGCCCGGUGACUGCGGUGGAGUUCUGUCCCUGGCGAGCAGACACCCUCAUCUCGGUGUCCGAGGACAGAGGCUUUAAGGUCUGGGACCAUUGUACAGGAUCAUUAAUAUACAGUUCAUCUGUGUUAUCAGCAUAUCCUCUUCUCAGCUUGUUCAUUAAUGCAGAAAGCAGGCAGCUGGUCACUGGAUGUGCUGACGGCCAGCUUUGGAUCUUCAGUUUGAUGGAUGAACACCACUAUCGUCGUGUGGCACGGGUUGACCUAAGGAAGAAGACAGAGACUUUCUCCAUGAGAAGGCUAAAGUCUGGGCUGUGCAGUCGGCCAGAAGAAAGCCAGCUUCCAUCUACAAGUGUUCUGGGAAAAGGAGAGCAGGUUGAAGUAACAUUUCCUGUACUGAGACUUGCACCCUGUGAUCUCUCACUCAUCCCAAAUUCUGCAUGUGGAUGUCUUUCUUCUGAGAACACCCAAUGCAUGUGGAUUGGAAGUUCGGUGGGCUUAUUCAUAUUUAACCUGGCAAACCUGGAAGUGGAAGCUGCUUUAUAUUACAGGGAUUUCCAGAGCCUCAGCAUCCCGCUGGCCGGAUCGUGUGCCCUGAGGAACCGCACCGCGGAUCACAAGACGCUGUGCUUGCUGGCCUCCCUCUUUGGCAGGAAGAUUGCUGUGUUGGAGAUCAACCUGGCCGCGCUGGUCAGGGCUCAGCAGUGCCCCGGCCUGAGGCAGAGCCUCUCGGUGCCAGCCAGCUCCUGUGUCCUACCGACCUCUCCACUGUAUCUGGGAGUUGCCAAGGAGAAGAGCACCAAGGCUGCUAGUGGACGGCGAUGUGCUGCACGGAACGUCAUGAAGGACCAGCGCCUGGUUUUCCACAGUAAAGUUAAAUCAUCUGGUUAUGCGUCAGCACCACAUGUAACUAUGUUUUCACCAAAGACCAACAUCAAGAGUGAGGGGAAGGGAUCUUCGAGACGCAGGAGCAGCUGUGCACGGGAGCCGUACCCCGUGGAGUGUGCUGUGCCCACCAAGCCCGGCCCCCAGGUUGCCGCCGCCCCCACCUGCACACGCGUGUGCUGCCUCCAGUACUCAGGAGAUGGGCAGUGGCUGGCCUGUGGGUUGUCCAACCAUCUAUCACUUGUUUUUGGUGCCAGCCUGACUGGGACACCUGCUGUGUUUUCAGGUCACGACGGGGCGGUGAACACCGUGUGCUGGAGCCAGGACCGGAGGUGGCUGCUGUCUGCGGCCCAGGAUGGGACCCUGCGGGUGUGGUCAGCUCGUGGGGCAGAGCUGGCACUGCUUCUGGGCAGAGACAUGUUUUCUAAACCGAUACAGUCUGCACAGUUUUAUUAUAUAGAUGCCUUUAUAUUGUUAUCUUCUGGCCCUGAAUUUCAGCUACUGAAGUAUCACAUUGACUCUUGCAAAGAUGAGAUGAAGAGAUAUAAACAGAAGAGCAAGUCCAAGAUGAUUUGCAGGCUCUCCAUGACCGGUGCAGUAGACAUGACCAGUCUAUCGGCAGUCAACGACUUUUAUUCCCACAUCGUUCUCACAGCUGGCCGGAACAGGACCGUGGAAGUGUUCGACCUCAACGCCGGCUGCAGUGCAGCGGUGAUAGCAGAAGCCCACUCACGGCCUGUCCAUCAAAUCUGCCAAAAUAAAGGUUCAUCAUUUACAACCCAACAGCCUCAGGCUUAUAACCUCUUCCUGACCACGGCCAUUGGCGAUGGGAUGAGACUGUGGGACCUGAGAACCCUGAGGUGUGAGCGCCACUUUGAAGGGCAUCCAUCCCGCGGCUAUCCAUGUGGAAUUGCUUUCAGUCCUUGUGGGCGAUUCGCGGCUUGUGGGGCCGAGGACAGACACGCUUACGUGUAUGAAAUGGGCUCGAGCACGUUUUCUCACCGGCUGGCUGGGCACACAGACACCGUCACUGCAGUGGCCUUCAACCCAUCCAUGCCCCAGAUUCAAACUUUGUGGUAUUUCUUGGGAAUUCCCUGGAGUUUGUACAAAAUCUUUGCAUAUAUCAUCCUUUACCUGAGGCGAAAACAUUUGAAAUCAACUAUUUCAAGGACUGGGAAUAGAGAAGAGAGCUCCUGCUGCAGGCAGCUCAGCACCAGGUCAGCUACUCUGUGCCAAACUGAAUGA